AUGUCCAAGGAAGAAAGUCCUCUGGGCGAUGCCCACGUUGCCCACGAUGAAAAGACGACGUCGUCCAAUGACCUGCCGGUCAGUGCGACUGGCGGUCGUCGCGAGUCUGUUGCCCACAACAUUGUUCAGAACCCUCUGACGCGCGUCUCCCAAGAUGAAGCUGCCGCCCAGGCUCGCGCCUUCGCCGAAUCCAAUGGCCUAUCCGAGCACAGCGAGCUGUUCGGCCGGGCCGCCCUCGUCGCCCGUGACCCUGACAGGUUCGAGAUGCUCACCGAUCUUCCAGAGGAUGAGAUGACGGCCCUCAAGUACGAGAGGGACCACAAGUGGCACGGGCCCUGGAUGCUGUGGUACUCCAUCUCCCUCUGCGCCGUCGGCGCCGCCACCCAGGGAUGGGAUCAGACGGGAUCCAACGGCGCCAACCUUUCCUUCCACGAGGAGUUUGGCAUUGACAAGCCCGGAACGGACGAGUGGAUCGUCGGUGCUGUCAAUGCCGUCAUCUUCCUGACUGCCGGCCUCAUUGGUGCCUUCAUCGUCGAUCCCCUCAACUAUUAUCUCGGUCGUCGCGGUGAAAUUUUCCUCACGUCCCUCUGUCUCACAGCCACCCCGAUCGGCUCGGGUUUCGCCCAGUCUUGGCAGGGCCUGUUCGCCGCCCGGUUCGUGAUGGGUAUCGGAAUUGGCGCCAAGAAUGCCACCGUGCCCAUAUUCUCUGCCGAGAUGGCUCCCGCACGUGUCCGUGGUGCCCUCGUCAUGUUCUGGCAGCUCUGGGUCGUUGCCGGCAUCUUCCUUGGGUUCUGCGCCAACGUCAUCGUCAAGGACACAGGUAGAAUCGCUUGGCGUCUGCAGCUCGGAUCCGCCUUCAUCCCCUCCCUCAUCCUCGGUGCCGGAAUCUGGUUCUGCCCCGAGUCCCCUCGUUGGCUCAUGAAGCACGGAAAGAUUGCCGAGGGCUACAGGUCCAUGGCCCGCCUUCGUGCUAACCCCAUCAUCGGCGCCAGGGACUACUACUACUCCUACGUCAUCUACCAGGAGGAGCUCAAGGAGGCUGCCGGUGCUGGGUACUUUUCUCGUAUGCGGGACAUCUUCACUGUUCCCCGCAUCAGGCGCUCCAACUACGGUGCUUCGACAGUCAUGAUCGCCCAGCAGAUGUGCGGCAUCAACAUCAUGUCCUUUUACAGCUCUAGCAUCUUCCAGAACGUCGGCUACACUGCCACCGAGGCUCUGUAUGCGUCACUCGGAUACGGUGCUGUGCAGGUCGUGGCCACGAUUCCCACCCUCUUCCUCAUCGAUACCAAGGGCCGAAGAAAGCUAUGUCUCUGGACCUUCCCCUUUAUGUGCAUCUUCCUGCUGGCCGGUGGUCUGUCCCUGCUGAAUAAGGAAGGGUCACGCGCCGAGAAGCUUGGCCCAGUUGUGCUCUUCGUCUACCUCUUCACCAUUGCCUACUCACUGGGAGAAGGACCCGUUGCCUUCCAAUACUCGGCCGAGGUGUUCCCCACCAUCCAACGUGAGCAGGGCAUGGCCUGGGCUGUGUGCAUUAAUAACACGUUCGCUGGUGUUCUCAGCAUCACCUUCCCCCGCAUGCAGACCGUCAUGACCCCGACCGGAGCGUUCGGUUUCUAUGCCGGACUCAACCUCAUCGCCUGGUUCAUGAUCUUCUGCUUUGUCCGAGAGACUAAGCAGCUCACUCUGGAAGAGCUGGAUCAGGUCUUCUCCAUCCCAACAAAGGAGUACAUACACCACGAAUUAACCGAGGAGGUCCCCUACUUCUUCAACCGGACGAUACUACGCCGGAAGGUCCCCAAACCGGUGCCCAUCAUUGCCAAGGCGGAAAGGAGGGUAGGACCUGUCGAGGCUUGA